AUGACGGAAUCAUUUAUUCAAGUGAUAAGGUCUGCAAUUAAUUCUACACUAUUUUAUCACACUAUUGAUAAAUUCCGUAAAUUGGGUUACUUUGGUUUAUUUAAAAAUAAAAGAACUAUGCUCAAAAGAAAAAUUACAGUAGAUGGUAGAGUAUAUUUCGUUAAUCAUGACUUGAGAAUAUCGACUUGGGAAGAUCCUUGUAAAACCUCACAGCAACAAAUUCUAAGUUUGAUUUCACUUCCCUAUGGAUGGGAAACGCGACUCGAUUCAAAAAGUGGCCGACAGUAUUUCUUUAAUCGCAUUUCAAAAGCAACUACAUGGGAUGCUCCCCAGUCUGCUAAUGAUUUAAGAGCUAUAGGGUUAAUAGAUGAAAAUUGGAAGUAUAAAGAAUUUUCAGAUCGGGAUAGUGAUAAAUUAAAAAAUGGUCUUUUUGUUGCAUUAAAAAGGCUUAAUUAUUCAUCAAAGAUUAACGAUCAAUUCUUAUAUGAAUUGAAAUUUCAUCUAAAUGCUUUUAAGAUGACAAAGUUUUUAUUUCCAUUACUUGGAAUUACUCAAGAUCCUGAGACUUCAGAAUAUAUAAUUGUGAUGAAUUAUGCACAUGGAGGAAGUUUAAGAAAUAUUGAAGAUAUAAAAGAUGAUAUAAUUAAGCAGGCCAUCGUGCAAUUUCGAAAUUCUGAUAAGAAACUUCAGGAAAUUUCUAUUCAACCAACAGUACAAAAUGCGGGGGCAUACUUUACAAGCCGAACUAUUAACUUAUCUGAAAUAAAUCGUAUUAUUACAGGAUUUAAAGAAAAUGAAGAAAGUGAUUAUAAAUUAUUCAGUGAAACACAAAUAGAGCAA